AUGAACGGAAAGGCGAUGAACCAAAAAGGGGAAAAUUUUGAACCCAAUCCUAUAGCUUUAUGUACGGAUAAUCCAGAUGGAAAGAUUUAUGAGAAGAAGAAGAAGAAGAAAUGGAAUAAGAAGAAAGGGAAGUUAGCUAAGAAGUCUGAUCUCCCAUGUGAUGGUGACAAGAAACUUCCCAUCUGCUCCCGUGAUGGGUUUCCUGAUCAUACCCAGAAACUGUUCAUCAGUUGGUAUUCAGAAUUCUAA